GGCCAAAAUGGUUUUCCACCUGUCAAGGAAAGUGACAUCCAUCGUCCCGGAGAGCUGCCUCCUCAUCCUGCUGGGGCUGGGCCUGGGGGGCAUCGUGUUGGCCGUGGCGAAGAAAGCCGAGUACCAGCUGGAGCCCAACAUGUUCUUCCUCUUCCUUCUGCCCCCCAUUGUCCUAGACUCGGGCUACUUCAUGCCCAGCCGGCUGUUCUUUGACAACAUUGGCGCCAUCCUCACCUACGCGGUGGUGGGCACGCUCUGGAACUCCUUCACCACCGGUGCUGCGCUCUGGGGGCUGCACCGGGCUGGACUCAUGGAUCCGGGCGUUGAAGCUGGGCUGAUGGAUUUCCUGCUCUUCGGCAGCCUGAUCUCAGCCGUGGACCCUGUGGCAGUGCUGGCCGUCUUCGAAGAGGUCCAUGUAAACGAGACCCUCUUCAUCAUCGUGUUCGGCGAGUCUCUCCUGAACGAUGCUGUCACCGUGGUGCUGUACAAGGUCUUCAACUCUUUUGUGGAGCUGGGCCCAGCACACAUCCAUGCCACGGACUAUGUGAAGGGGGUAGCCUCCUUCUUCCUGGUGAGCCUGGGGGGCACAGCCGUGGGGCUGCUCUUCGCCUUCCUCCUGGCCCUGAUCACGCGGUUCACGAAACGCGUGCGCAUCAUCGAGCCGCUCUUCGUCUUCCUCCUGGCCUACGUUGCGUACCUUGCUGCUGAGAUGGUCUCACUCUCCUCCAUCCUGGCAGUCACCUUCUGUGGGAUCUGCUGCAAGAAGUACGUGGAAGCCAACAUCUCCCAGAAAUCCCGCACCACAGUCAAGUACACCAUGAAGACACUGGCCAGCAGCUCAGAGACCAUCAUCUUCAUGUUUCUGGGCAUCUCAGCUGUGGACACCUCCAAGUGGGCAUGGGACACAGCGCUGGUGCUGGGCACCCUGUUCUUCAUCCUGCUUUUCAGAGCUGUGGGCGUUGUCCUCCAGACCUGCGUGCUCAACCGCUUCCGCCUCAUCCCCCUGGACAGGAUCGACCAGGUGGUCAUGUCAUAUGGUGGCCUCCGCGGAGCCGUGGCCUUCGCCCUAGUCAUCCUGCUGGACAGGGCAAAGGUGAAAGCCAAGGACUACUUUGUGGCAACGACCAUCGUGGUGGUGUUCUUCACUGUCAUUGUGCAGGGCCUCACCAUCAAACCCUUGGUGACAUGGCUGAAGGUGAAGCGCAGUGACCACCACAAGCCCACACUGAACGAGGAGCUGCAUGAGCACGCCUUUGACCACAUCUUGGCAGCAGUGGAGGACAUCGUGGGGCACCACGGCUACCAUUACUGGCGGGACAAGUGGGAACAGUUUGACAAGAAGUACCUGAGCCAGCUCCUGAUGCGGAAAUCUGCCUACAGGCUGCGGGACGAGAUCUGGGAUGUUUACUACAAGCUGAACAUCCGUGAUGCUAUCAGCUUCGUCGACCAGGGUGGCCACGUGCUCUCGGCUGCGAAGCUGGCUCUGCCCUCCAUGCCCAGCCGCACGUCCAUGUCGGAGUCAUCAGUCACAAACCUCCUGAGAGAGAGCGGGAGUGGCGCAUGCCUGGACCUGCAGGUGAUCGACACAGUGCGGAGCCGCCGGGACAAGGAGGAUGCUGCCAUGCACCACGUGCUGCGAGGGAGCCUCUACAAGCCCCGCCGGCGGUACAAGGCCAGCUACAGCCGUCACUUCAUCUCUCCAGAUAAACAAGAGCGCCAAGAUAAAGAAAUCUUCCGGCAGAACAUGAAGAGGCGCCUGGAGACCUUCAAGUCCACAAGGCACAACGUCUGCUCCUCCAAGAGCAAGGCCAGGCUGAAGGAAAAGGGCAGGAAAAAGAAGAACAUCUCUCUGACCAGUGACGCACCCAAUGGGAAGACGCACAGAAACGUCCCCUGGCAGGAGGCAGCUCCUGUCCUGGUGAUGGUCAGCUCAGAGGAGGAGGAGAGCGAUAGCUCGGAGACAGAGAGAGAGGACGAUGAAGGCAUUGUAUUCAUCGCUCGAGCCACUGAUGAGGUCCUGCAGGGAAAGACAACUCCUGGCAGCCUGGAUGUCUGCCCCAGCCCCUGCAUCAUCCCGCCAUCGCCCACCUUGGCAGAGAAGGAGCUGCCAUGGAAAGGAGACCAGGCUGAUCUGGCUGUUUACGUCUCCUCGGAGACCACCAAAAUUGUGCCAGUGGAUAUGCAGAAGGCGUGGAACCAAAGCAUCUCCUCCCUGGAGAGCAUCGCUUCCCCUCCAGGCAUUGAGAGCGGACCUCAGCAUAGGAGAUUCGCCUGCCCUGUGCUGGAGGAGCAACCCCAGUCUGCAAGCCAGGUGAUGCCGGAGCAGAGCUCCUGCUUCCAGUUCCCCAGCCAUGUCUCUAAGAGCAGCCGGUCACAGAGUGACAGCAGCCCGGAUGGCACUGAGCAGCAGGAGCUGCAGCCUUUGAUGGCCACGGAGGAGCAGGGCAGGAUGCUGCCCGCCUCGGAGCCCAGGUGGCUGAUGUUCAACAGAGCGAGCCACCUCUGA